CCUUGGAGCUUGUGCACUAAUCAGUCACUCGUCUCCUGCUUCUUCUAACCUCCUCUCUCCUCUCGCCGUUUCCCUUUUCCCGAGAAAAAGUGAGAGCAUUUCGUAAAGAAGCUUCUUCAAUGGCGUCGUCGUCUCAGAAAGUGACCUCUGUUUGUUUGACCGUCCUCGUCCUCUUAGCUCUCAGUGCAACGAUUCUCCGGAAAAUUGAAAUCCCUAGCUCCAGGAAGGUGAAAACAGAGGAGUUGCAGAGCUCAAAAAACACCUCAACAAUGGCGGCGAACAGGCUUGAAGGUGUGGAGUUGAAUGAACAGCACGCGGUUGAUGAUCCAGAUAAAGUUGCUGAUGAAGUCUCUACCCUUGUUCAGAUGAGCGAACAUAACAUCACAGCAAGGAGGAAGCUUGGAUUUUUCUCAUGUGGAACCGGUAACCCGAUCGAUGACUGUUGGCGUUGUGACCGUAACUGGCAUAAGAACCGCAAACGCCUGGCCGAUUGUGGGAUCGGUUUUGGACGCAACGCUGUUGGUGGUCGUGAUGGACGCUUCUACGUUGUCACUGACCCCACUGAUGAAGACGUUAUUAACCCCAAACCAGGAACUCUUCGCCACGCGGUUAUCCAAGAUGAGCCUCUAUGGAUUGUGUUCAAGAGAGAUAUGGUGAUAGAGCUGAAACAAGAGCUGAUUAUGAACAGUUUCAAGACCAUUGAUGGUCGUGGUGCUAAUGUCCAUAUAGCUAACGGUGCUUGCAUCACCCUCCAGUUUAUCACCAACGUCAUCAUCCAUGGUCUUCACAUUCAUGAUUGCAAGCCUACUGGAAACGCCAUGGUUAGAAGCUCGCCAUCUCAUUUUGGCUGGAGGACAAUGGCUGAUGGUGAUGCAGUCUCUAUCUUUCAGUCAUCUCAUAUCUGGAUUGAUCAUAACUCUCUCUCUCACUGUGCUGAUGGCCUUGUGGAUGCUGUCAUGGGUUCUACUGCUAUUACCGUUUCCAAUAAUCACUUUACACACCACAAUGAGGUCAUGUUGCUCGGCCACAGUGAUUCCUACACAAUAGACAAGCUGAUGCAAGUGACCAUUGCUUACAACCAUUUUGGAGAAGGAUUGGUUCAGAGAAUGCCAAGGUGCAGACAUGGGUAUUUCCAUGUGGUCAACAACGACUACACACACUGGGAGAUGUACGCAAUUGGUGGGAGUGCAGAUCCAACCAUAAACAGUCAAGGAAACAGAUAUGCUGCUCCUAAGAACCCUUUCGCCAAAGAGGUGACGAAAAGAGUAGAGACAGAUGCAAGUGAAUGGCAGAAGUGGAAUUGGAGAUCAGAAGGAGAUCUGCUACUGAAUGGAGCAUUCUUCAAGGCAUCAGGAGCAGAAGCCUCAGCUAGCUAUGGACGAGCCUCAAGCUUAGCAGCUAAACCAUCAUCAAUGGUCCACACCAUAACCUCUACUGCAGGAGCACUAGGUUGCCGCAGAGGCAGACCUUGUUAGUUCUCUCUAUACCACCCGUAGUAACUAACCAACCCUAAACCCUUUCCCCAUAUCUAUGGAAAGUGGAAUAUAUAGUAGUCUUUCUGCUUUCUCGUUUCGUUGUGGUCGUAUCAUUGUUUCGGCAGAUCCCGCUCAGUUUUCUUACGGGUGGUAGGAAUUGGUCAACCUCAGCUUGCUUUUUCUUUAAAAAUGGUGUUGGGGGAAACAAAGAGGAGCAAGCUCAGAAGCGUUGUUCAAAAGGUUUUCCUUCUUUUUAGAGUCUCUUAUGGUUUUGUUUUUUUCCCCUCUUUGGUUUUGGAGUUGUUGAAGUCCCUUUGGUUUUACUGGAUCUCACUCCCUUGCGUCUGUAGUCUUUUUGGGUUUUCUCUUUCAAGUUAGUGGUCAUAGUAAAGCAAAAUUUGUAACAGAAGACGAUUGAAAAGCUUUCUUGAUUUUAUUGCAACUUCCGUUGUCUUUUA